AUGUUCUGGAGCUCAGGUCCACGCCACUGGUCGAUUGAAGCUGCAUACCCAGUCACCAUGUCAGGCGGAGGCCUUGCGUACCACGCAAACCCGAAUGUUGUCAUGGUUAUGGUAUUUCUCAACAUCCUCAAGAAAAGGCAUCCAAUACUAGUCCUACCCACAAUUUCAUCAUUCUUAAAUGCCGCAGAUAAAUCGCAGAAGGAUUGGGCUUUUAACGCGGCGGACAAUCUUUGUUCUAUUUACCGCCCCUUCCAUCUCGGACAUUACCAUCAGAGACAGCUGGCUGAAUGGUCGGGUUGGGACAAUACCAGGCUUAAGGAGAUGGUAGAUACCGUGCGAACCGGGAUCUUAACUCCUAAGCAACAAGAACAACUAGAUCAGUAUGAGGUAAAGGAGCUUUUCAAUGUUUUAGACAGGAAGGCGGGAAUUUAUACAACGGAUAUAACCAAGGUUUAUAACAACAUGAAGAAGAUCGCAGCGAAGUACACAAUAAGCCCCGACGAGUUCGACGAGUUAUGCUUCAUCGACUCCCCAUCUGGUUCUCGGCCUCGAGUUUUCUAUCCAUUUUGGCAUCGUUCAAGGGAUUUAGCAAAAGAGGUCAGCUGGGACUGGUCUUCUUUAUUCGACUUUGCGAAUUGGAGGCUAAGCCGGCUAAGACGUUAUUGCAACCGCUAUGGGGAGAAGGCUAAACUCAGCGAGACGGAUAUGGAUAGGUACUGCGUCGUUUACUGGAUGACACACUGGAUAUGUGACAAGAUCAGAGCGAUUAAAGACUCCAACGAGACCGGUGGGGGGUUACCCAUUGUGCCAUGGCAGCGCCAUAUUUUUGGGGCGUCGUUGUGCAAAAAGAACGACCACGGUAUUGCGAUGCUUUUCGGCCUCGUUUCUCCCCCGAGCGGUGUAGCCUUCGACCCUGUCAACCAUUUCGACCUUAGGGAGUGCACUAUCGAGAUAGACAGUUACGCUACCAACUUCGCAAUGGGCUUCUCUAGUACCGACUAUUGGCCCAAGCUUCUUGCACUCCUACGUACAGUACCAGUGCAGACUCCCCUCUGGCGGAUGGAGGAUUCCUUGGGGAUGCGUAGAUGGGUAAGCAGAAGCAAAAGUACGACUACCAGCACUGGACCCCGACCCCCAGUAGUAAGAUUCACUAUGCCUCUACUGGACUCAAGCUUAUGGAUGUCGGAC